AUGGACUCCUCUCUGUAUCGCGAUCUGAAUCCAGAAUUGAAGGAGGUCCGCCUAUUCCAGUUUAAACCUGCUGCAUCCUACGAGGAUGAGCUCGUGGGUAACCUCACCACCGUGUCACUCUUGGACAAUCCGCAAAUUCAAACCCUGUCGUACAUCUGUGGCCGUGUGGACAAGCUCAAGGGCAUGAGAUUAAGUCACCCUGACACUCUGGGUGGACCAACUGUGUAUUCAUCAGGCGAAUCUCGAGGAGCGCUCCCAGGAGUGCGGCAUACGUCUGACAUAUACGACGUGGCUCUUGGAGUGCUCGUGUAUAUCGACUCCGGAAGUGACACCUUCCCGGAAGAACACAAGCACGUCUUGAACGUGGUCGAAACAAUCAGCACCCUUGGUCGGCCGCACAGAGACGAACACUCCAGCGGAUCCAUGGAUCUAAAGGGAACAUGGAGUGCUCUCCUGAGGUUCUGCAAGAAUAGCUACUGGUUCCGCAUGUGGACGACACAAGAACUGAACCUGGCACAGAAGGCCACAUUUUACUAUGACCAACACGUGAUACCUAGUGAAAUUGUCGAUGCAUUCUAUGUCUGGUACACAAAUCAUAUGAAGUAUGGUAUGUGCUGUCGAGGGGACGAUCACAGCACCCUCCUUGAUUCCACCAUUGACAUUGCGAAGCGAGCGUUCGCUACGACGAGGGAGAAUCAGACGGCCAAGCGGGAAGGGAACGUCCUCAGUUUGCUUGAUCUGCUAGCCAGCGUGCGCCACAGACUCACAACCGUCCUUCAUGACAAAGUAUCUGCCCUAGCCGGUCUGGCGGCGAUACCUCACGGUGUCCUGGACUACAAAGCCACGGCAGAGGUCGCGUUCGAACGGAUCGUAGCGCACCUCAUCGAAUCAACGGGCACUCCCGAUGUUUUCAACCACCUCAGUACCAACGUAGACCGACUUUUGGAAGCGUGUCAUCUGCGCAAUCAUCUACCAGAAACGAACGCAAUGACUACGACUGUCUGCCGGAGCUGGCACCCUGGAGUCCAGACUGGUCAAUUGCCUCGGGAACCGUGGCCGCUUCGGACAAACACAACGAGCCCUAAGCUUCUUGUGCCGGGCGUCCGCUGUGGCGUCAUAGCACAAGUCGGCGAAUGUGACGAACGGCCCCUAAUCUUCCACGCCAACCUGAUAGAGGCCUUGGGCAAAUCGGCAGGUGUCGAUAUCGACGCCCCACGGCUUUCCAAUGGCGAUCUCACCAGUGCCAAGCUUCGUUUCAUUGUGGCCUUGGCUGGCGGCAUCGGUGUCACGUCGGAUGGUGCAUUCUUUCUGAUGAAGAGCCGCGAAGACUACCUUCGCAACAAGUAUCUGUUCACGUACUGGUGGCAGUUAGAAAUGCGGGAGGCAGGGGAGUUUACUGUAUACUGUCCACGGGAUCUUGUUGACAUCGUCAAGUAUUACGAUGAAAAGUACAUGGAGAGUUUUGCCGCACGGUACGAGUAUCUAGUUCGACGGAGUUGCAUCCUUCAACGUUUUGUCGUCCUGGAGGACGGGAAAUUCGGCUUCGCUCCUCCUAUUGCGCUGGUCGGGGAUCUGGUCUGUGUUCUGGCGGGAGGCCGGACACCUUUCGUCCUGGGCUCUGGGAAACGAGUGUGGACGUCGCGGGCGAGGCGUUUCAAGCCAUGUACCAGCGUGCAGAGGAGCGAACCGACACCCGCAGAAGACGGUUGUUUUCAGCUAGUCGGUGAUGCGUACGUUGAAGGCUUGAUGGAUAGUUCCAUGUUGACGGAUGCGACGAAGAUGGAAGACUUCGUCUUGGUGUGA